CCGCCGCCAUCGCACCCUCCUCUCCUCUUCUCUCGUCGCCGCCCCCGCCGCUGCUACCGACAUGGCCUCUGCCGUCUCCUCUUUUGUAUUCUUGUCUUCCUCGUCCGAUCGUCUCGAUCGUCUCCCGUUCCGCAAUAGGAACCAUAACAACAGAGGAAUCGGGAAGCUAAGCUCCGCCUUCCCCCACCUCUGGAACCCUACCGAUUCCCUCCUCCUUCGCCACCGUCGCCCGGCCCGGAUCUGCUGCUCUUCCACUGCCGCGUCGUCUAGCGGCAGCAACCAUCCGCAGCUGAAGACCAGGCGGCCGGCGGAGGAGAAUAUCCGCGAGGAGGCGUGCCGGCGUGACGAGGCGACCGGGUCGUGCGGAUUCUCGGCGUGCUACGUGCCCUUCAAUGCUCCCGCUGACACCGCCGAGACAUACUCGCUGGAUGACGUGGUGUACCGUGGCCGGUCCGGCGGCCUCCUGGACGUCCGCCACGACAUGACGGCUCUAAAGCGCUUCCCGGGCUCCUAUUGGCGCGACCUGUUCGAUUCCCGCGUCGGCCGCACUACCUGGCCUUACGGCUCGGGCGUCUGGUCCAAGAAGGAGUUCGUGCUCCCGGAGAUUGACCCAGACCACAUCGUCUCCCUCUUCGAGGGCAACUCCAACCUCUUCUGGGCGGAGCGCCUUGGCCGCGAUCACCUUGGUGGCAUGCCCGACCUUUGGGUCAAGCACUGCGGCAUCUCGCAUACCGGCUCUUUCAAGGACCUGGGCAUGACCGUCCUCGUCAGCCAGGUCAACCGCCUCCGCCGCAACCCCCUCAACCGCCCGAUCGCCGGCGUCGGCUGCGCCUCCACGGGGGACACCUCUGCCGCCCUAUCCGCCUACUGCGCAGCCGCCGGUAUCCCCGCCAUCGUGUUCCUCCCCGCCGACCGCAUCUCCCUUGCCCAGCUCGUCCAGCCCAUCGCCAACGGUGCCACCGUACUCUCCAUCGACACUGACUUCGACGGCUGCAUGCGCCUCAUCCGCGAGGUCACCGCCGAGCUUCCCAUCUACCUCGCCAAUUCCCUCAACUCCCUCCGCCUCGAGGGCCAGAAGACCGCUGCCAUCGAGAUCCUUCAGCAGUUCGACUGGGAGGUGCCCGACUGGGUCAUCGUUCCCGGCGGCAACCUCGGCAACAUCUACGCCUUCUACAAGGGGUUUGAGAUGUGCCGUGAACUCGAGCUUGUUGACCGCAUGCCACGCCUCGUAUGUGCGCAGGCUGCCAACGCCAACCCUCUCUACCUGCAUUACAAGUCAGGUUGGGCUGACUUCAAGCCGGUGAUUGCUGCAGACACGUUCGCCUCUGCUAUUCAAAUUGGUGACCCCGUCUCAAUCGACCGUGCCGUUUUUGCAUUAAAGGCAACCGAUGGAAUCGUCGAGGAGGCCACCGAGGAGGAGCUGAUGGACGCCAUGUCUCUUGCUGACCGGACAGGCAUGUUUGCCUGCCCACACACAGGGGUUGCACUCGCUGCAUUAUUCAAGCUGAGGGAAAGGGGGGUGAUUGGCACCAAUGACCGGACCAUAGUGGUCAGCACCGCUCAUGGGCUCAAGUUCACGCAGUCCAAGGUCGCCUACCAUUCAAAUGAAAUAGCUAAUAUGGAUUGCCGGUAUUCAAACCCACCUGUAAGUGUGAAGGCUAGUUUUGGGGCGGUGAUGGAUGUCUUGAAGAAAAAGCUUGAUGGUAAGCUUGGGCUGUGAAUGAUAUAAAGAUUGCAUCGGAUCUGGAAUGUGGAUUUCCUUUGUCAGCCUCUGUUCGCAGGAUGAUGAAUCAGAUUGCAUGUAGGUCUCAGCGAAGAUGAGCUACUUUUGAUGAUAAAGAAAAGGAUUUUCCCUGGUUGCUGUCAUCUGAUGAAGUUGAACUGAGAUUGCCUUGGAUAUACUUCAGUUACAAUACGCCCCAUUUGAUGCUAGACUUCCUUGCUAAUGCAAAAAUCAAAAUGUAAUUGCUGAUCAUCAGGAUCUGAGCAAGGCUGCUGUUUAGUUUAUGGGCAAAAGCUCUUGUGGAUUCUUCCUCGGCUGAAGCUUUAAGAUAACCGAAUCUCGUGUCCGAGUAGUUCUGGCACAGUUGUUACCCUACGAUAAAAAAUAUUGCCAACUGGAAUCCCAAUUACCAAUUGUAUGCAUUGUGGAUUGCUAGGUGCUGAAUUUUUUGUUAGAGUGCUGGAUGAUUCUUGAUUCCUGAUGGCAACCAGUCAAGCAAACAAGCGAAGUCGAUGGUAGCCAAGCCUCUCGGAAUCUCGUCUGUGGUGAAAUAAGCUGAACUUACAAAGUUUGUCGAUGCCAAUCUGUACUUAGUGCCCAGUUUCAUACUCCACAGUUCUGUCCAAUUUUACUUGAAUGGUGCUGGAUUUCUGAAACCUACAUUAGUUUCUACUUAUUUGAAAUUUAUCUUAUCUGGAAGGA